UGCGUGCUGGCGGGCCAAGGGUUAAACGAGGCGGGAGCCCCCGGCGCGGAGCGGCGGCGGCCGGACGGGAAUGCUUAGUCAGGAUCCCGAUUUCCUGUCGAAGUGUUUGGAUUUCCUGAAACCCGCGCCCUCGCCGCGGAGCGGGAUCGUCCGAGCCGCGCGCGUCGCUAGGGCCUCCUCCCCCCGGCACAUGGUCGCCCGCCCCUUCCUGCGCCGCGCUCGCCGCCCGUGCCUCGCCUGGCCGCCGCCGCUGCGGGCGGGCACUCCGCGUUCGGGCAGCCCGGCCCGCGCCCCCCGCUGCUCCCGCCGCUCCCCGCCGCACCCUGCGUUCAGCUCCGAGAGCCGCGAUCGCUCGGCCGAGGGGGCCGGGGCGCGGGCGUCUGCGGAGCCGUCGCCGAGCCCGCGAUGGAAUAAUGCCCAGCGGCUCGCCUGGUCCCGGAUGCCGGACCAGAUCUCCGUCUCCGAGUUCAUCGCCGAGACCACCGAGGACUACAACUCGCCUACCACGUCCAGCUUUACCACGCGGCUGCACAACUGCAGGAACACCGUUACCCUGCUGGAGGAGGCGCUGGACCAAGAUAGAACAGCCUUGCAGAAGGUGAAGAAGUCUGUGAAAGCAAUAUACAAUUCCGGUCAAGAUCAUGUACAGAAUGAAGAAAACUAUGCACAGGUUCUGGAUAAGUUUGGGAGUAAUUUUUUAAGUCGAGACAACCCAGAUCUUGGCACUGCUUUUGUCAAAUUUUCUACUCUUACAAAGGAACUGUCCACACUGCUGAAAAAUCUGCUCCAGGGUCUGAACCACAAUGUGAUCUUCACUUUGGAUUCCUUGUUAAAGGGAGACCUGAAGGGAGUCAAAGGAGAUCUCAAGAAGCCAUUCGACAAAGCCUGGAAAGAUUAUGAGACGAAGUUUACAAAAAUCGAGAAGGAGAAGAGGGAGCAUGCGAAGCAGCACGGCAUGAUCCGCACGGAGAUCACCGGGGCCGAGAUCGCCGAGGAGAUGGAGAAGGAGCGGCGCCUCUUCCAGCUGCAGAUGUGCGAGUAUCUCAUCAAAGUUAAUGAAAUCAAGACCAAAAAGGGUGUGGAUCUGCUGCAGAAUCUGAUAAAGUAUUAUCACGCACAGUGCAAUUUCUUUCAAGAUGGCUUGAAAACGGCUGAUAAACUGAAACAGUACAUUGAGAAACUGGCUGCUGAUCUAUAUAACAUAAAACAGACACAGGAUGAAGAGAAGAAACAGCUCACCGCACUCCGAGACUUAAUCAAAUCCUCUCUCCAGCUCGAUCAGAAAGAAGAUUCUCAGAGCCGGCAGGCGGGAUACAGCAUGCAUCAGCUGCAGGGCAAUAAGGAGUACGGCAGCGAGAAGAAGGGGUACCUGCUGAAGAAAAGUGACGGGAUCCGCAAAGUGUGGCAGCGGAGGAAGUGCGCCGUCAAGAACGGGAUGCUGACCAUCUCCCACGCCACGUCUAACAGGCAGCCAGCGAAGCUGAACCUCCUCACCUGCCAGGUGAAGCCGAACGCUGAGGACAAGAAGUCUUUCGACCUGAUCUCCCAUAACAGGACGUAUCACUUUCAGGCGGAAGACGAACAGGACUAUGUCGCGUGGAUUUCAGUGCUGACCAACAGCAAGGAGGAGGCCCUGACCAUGGCCUUCCGGGGCGAGCAGAGCACGGGCGAGAACAGCCUGGAGGACCUGACCAAAGCCAUCAUCGAGGACGUCCAGCGGCUCCCGGGGAACGACGUCUGCUGUGACUGCGGCUCGUCAGAACCAACCUGGCUCUCCACCAACUUGGGCAUUCUGACCUGCAUAGAAUGUUCCGGCAUCCACAGGGAAAUGGGGGUUCACAUUUCUCGCAUCCAGUCUUUGGAACUAGACAAAUUAGGGACUUCUGAACUCUUGCUGGCCAAGAAUGUAGGAAAUAAUAGUUUCAAUGAUAUUAUGGAAGCGAAUUUACCAAGCCCCUCACCAAAACCCACCCCGACGAGUGACAUGACUGUACGGAAAGAAUAUAUCACGGCCAAGUAUGUCGAUCACCGGUUUUCCAGGAAGACCUGUUCUUCCUCAUCCGCUAAACUGAACGAAUUGCUGGAGGCCGUCAGAUCCAGGGAUUUGCUUGCACUAAUUCAAGUCUAUGCAGAGGGCGUGGAGCUCAUGGAGCCGCUGCUGGAGUCCGGGCAGGAGCUCGGGGAGACAGCCCUUCAUCUUGCAAUCCGAACUGCAGACCAGACAUCUCUCCAUCUGGUUGACUUUCUUGUACAAAACUGCGGGAACCCGGACAAGCAGACGGCGCUGGGGAACACGGCCCUGCACUACUGCAGCGCCUACGGGAAGCCCGAGUGCCUGAAGCUCGUGCUCCGCAGCAAGCCCGCCGUGGACGUCGGUAAGCGCACGGCCGGGCGUCUCCGCGGCUGUCGGAAGAGCCUUUGUUGGCCAAACCCGAGACCGGCAUCUCGCACUCCAGUCUGUUCUUGUUUCUUGCCUUUUCGAGCUCUGUCCCGGAUAAUGAUGCGCCUUUGUUUUCCCCUGAUUGUAGUGAACCAGGCCGGCGAGACGGCCCUCGACAUAGCCAGGAGACUCAGAGCCACCCAGUGUGAAGACCUGCUUUCCCAGGCCAGGUCGGGGAAGUUCAACCCACACGUACAUGUCGAGUAUGAAUGGAACCUCCGGCAGGAGGAGAUGGACGAGAGCGACGAUGAUCUGGAUGACAAGCCGAGCCCCAUCAAGAAGGAGCGCUCCCCACGACCUCAGAGCUUCUGCCACUCGUCCAGCCUCUCCCCGCAGGACAAGCUGUCCCUGCCGGGGUUCGGCACUCCGCGGGACAAGCAGCGGCUCUCCUACGGCGCCUUCACCAACCAGAUCUUCGCCUCCACGAGCACAGACUCGCCCACGUCACCCACCUCGGAGGCACCUCCACUGCCCCCCAGGAACGCCGGGAAAGGUCCAACCGGCCCACCUUCAACACUCCCUCUAAGCACCCAGACCUCUAGUGGCACCUCCACCCUGUCCAAGAAGCGGCCUCCUCCCCCACCACCCGGACACAAGAGAACCCUGUCUGACCCUCCCAGCCCACUACCUCACGGGCCCCCAAACAAAGGCGCAGUUCCUUGGGGUAACGACAUGGGUCCAACGUCAUCCGGCAAGAGCGCAAACAAGUUCGAGGGGCUUUCUCAGCAGUCGAGCACCGCUUCUGCGAAGACUGCACUUGGUCCAAGAGUUCUUCCUAAACUACCUCAGAAAGUGGCACUACGGAAAACGGAAACCAGCCAUCAUCUCUCCCUAGACAAAGCCAACAUCCCACCUGAAAUCGUCCAGAAGUCGUCACAGCUGGCAGACUUGCCACAGAAGCCGCCUCCGGGGGACCUGCCCCCGAAGCCCGCCGACCUGGCUCCCAAACCCCAAAUGGGAGAUUUGCCGCCGAAGCCGGGAGAACUGCCCCCCAAGCCGCAGCUGGGCGACCUGCCCCCCAAACCCCAGCUCUCGGACUUACCUCCCAAGCCGCAGAUGAAGGACCUGCCUCCCAAGCCUCAGCUGACCGACCUGCUGGCGAAAUCCCAGCCGGGAGACAUCUCGCCCAAGGCGCAGCCGUCCUCCGACUCGGCCCCGAAGUCGCACCCGGUGGAUCUGUCCCCGAAUGUGCCCGCCCGAGACGCCAUCCAGAAGCAAGCCUCUGAGGACGCCAACGACCUGGCGCCCCCUCUGCCCGAGACGCCCGUCCCGCUGCCCAGGAAGAUCAACACGGGCAAGAACAAGGUGCGGCGUGUGAAGACCAUUUACGACUGCCAGGCGGACAAUGACGACGAGCUGACCUUCAUCGAGGGCGAAGUGAUCGUGGUCACGGGGGAGGAGGACCAGGAGUGGUGGAUCGGCCACAUCGAGGGGCAGCCUGAGCGAAGGGGGGUCUUCCCGGUGUCCUUCGUCCACAUCCUGUCCGACUAGCGAAAAGCAGAACCUCGAGAUGGUCCGCGCCCUCCAGCGAGACUGCCGCCCGGUCACCUGUGCGCACGUGUACACAGCCACCGCCGCCGCCGCCGGAGCAGACACCCACCGGAGGGCGGUGCAGGAGUGGACUGUAGCGUCUGUUGUAAAUAAAUACCCUGUUGUUUUCUGCCUUUGCCAGUAUUAGGGGGGCCUGGGACCCGGCGCGCCGUCCCGGUUUGCCAAAGCCAUCCUUGGCGUCUAGCACUUACAGCUCUGUCUACGCUGGUUUCCGAGCAAACGGGAACAGAGGAGCGCUGGCUCUGCAAACACGAGUGGUCCCAGCAGCCGUCGGAAGGCCUGGAACGGACUCUCCGUUCCGCACCACGCAGUGUUCUGAGUCAUGUUACUGCAAUGCGGCGUGAGCAAAGGGGCGGGUUCUGUUUUCCAGGCGGAACCCCCGGCCCCGCCACAGGCCGGCCCGUAGUCGUCCGUGUCCACCGUUUAUCGCUCCCCGCACCAACGCCGGUAUUGAUUACGGGCAAGUGCUCAGUGAAACCCAAGUGUUACUCCUUCCGCAGAGUCAUCGCCAACCCCCAAACCUUGGGUCUGUGCCCACAGCCUCAUGCAAGUCUAGACGAGUGGACUUAUGCUGUCUUCUGAGCAGUGCCCGCCCCUGAGAUUUUACCUCAUUAUGCAAAAAUAACAUAGCCUUCAUGACUAUUUUGACAAAAGUUUAAAACCCCUUGAGUGAAGUUCAACUGUCAGGAACCAAGGACUGCCAGGAAAUACUAGCCUCUACCUUAUGCAUGUGUUUAGAAGCUCACCUGAAAUCUGCCUUUUAUAAAGGAACCGUAUGGGUCAGUUGAACUGUACACUUUUUAAACCGGAUUGCCAUUAAAGCAGAAAUUAUAAGGUUGCAACAAUACUUGUUUCUAGUCAGUCCUUUGGCUUUCUCAAGAGUAUGGAUUUACAUAUCACAUUAAGAAUUAGCAUCCUUCAAAUGUGUUAAAGCAUCUCAUGCGUCAAUUUUAAGUUAUUUUCAUAGUUCUGUUCUGGACACAUUUAAACUCUUAGGAGAUUACUCGACAGGAUGACGGAUUUAAAAGCCAGCCCGGCACACAGCUCCCCGAUGGUAGGACCCAGGUGCUGAAUGCAACCAGCCUCUUUUUUUCCCCCACCCUUUUUUCAAACCCAGUGGUAGGUAAGUUUUCCAGUCUCCAGCUCUGUGCAGCGGGCGUGUUACCUGCGAGUCAGUUCAUUACCAAGGCUCCGAACGCUGCUGUGAAUUGCACUGUGAAAAAGCCCUUCCCGACACGAGUCCCCUUCUUGGUUUUCUCCUCACCCCGGUGUGUCUAUUGACCACGAGCACGCCGUGCCUAGUUCAGCCCUUUGCGUGAGUUGGAACUUUGAAAAGAAUCCAUUCGGCUCCCUCCCCCACCGCUGGGCCUGCGCUCUGAUUCUGAGGCUCGUGUGUCAGUCUGGCAAUACGUUUGCUUAAACCGCUUUGUUGGCAGCCGCACAGAAAACUAAUAUUUUUCAGCAGAUAAUCUUGGCAAUGAGUGAGACUCGUUCAUUUCACAGAAGCACAACUCCCCACCCGAGCCCUUAGGGAAAAAUCGCCAUUUCUAGAGUCACAGCACCCAGUGCAUAUUAAUGUAGUUCUGCGUGAGUGGUGGUGACCGUGAGAACUCGGGGUGCCCACCUAGUUAACCACCCUUGCAUGGCAGACCCGCCGCGCCGUGUCUUCUCAGCUGUUAGUGGACAGUGACCAAGCAGUUGCUCCCGCGGCCUCGCAGCACAGGUGACUCCCCGCAGCAGGAACGGCGGGGGCCGGCCGCCCGGCGUGCUGGUGCGUGGUCGGCCAGCCCCGUCUGCAGCCUCAGGAUCUCCGCCGCACAGGUGUCAGGACAGGAAGUGGCCGUCCCUAGUUCCUCAGUGUCCUGGUUCAUUCAGUGACGUCUUUUGAGUUGCAUUUAAAACCGAUUCACUUCUGCAGCCUAUGGUAUUGUCAGCUGAUCUCCAAAUAAACUGGUUUCUACAAACACCCAGAAACUAGGUGUCCGAAACCACAUGGAAUCAGUGUCUGUUCUUUAUCGCUUUUUGCAGCCGCUUAAAUGCAUUUUUUUUAAUACUUUUUUUUCGGGUUUUGUCUUUGUUUUCCAUCAGUAAUCUGAGUUUUCGCUAACCCAGCUGACUGUGGGACAUAGGAAAACUGGGUAUAAAUACCUUUGCUGAUCUUGGUUGAGUUGAAAUCUGAUAUUGUUCUUAAACUCAGUGAGCCACUAUCUGCAAUUUUUGUACAUGAUAUAGUAUUUUGAAGGUAUG